AUGCAACAAGGAGCACAAGAUGAAGAUUUAUCAAAGAAACUUCAUAUCCCCAUUGAAAUCGGACAUAAAUUAAUAUCAAAAUUAAUAGAGAGUAAAUCCUUAUCAUAUAGUCCAUAUUCUCAUUUCAAAGUGGGAUGCUGUCUCUUAAUCAAGAACAACGAGACAACGAGCGACGGUGAGUCAUUUUAUAGUUAUGUUCUGGGUGCCAAUAUUGAGAAUGCCAGUUAUGGUGCUUCCAUAUGUGCAGAAAGAACUACGAUAGUGAAAGCAUUGACAUCAACAACAACAACAACAACAACAUGCAAGGAUGCCACAAAUUGGGUAUGUAUAGCCAUCAUAGGUGGUUGCGACAACGACGAUGGGGGGAAAAUAAUAUCACCUUGUGGGAUAUGUAGACAAGUUAUUAGAGAAUUUGUUCCAUUGGAUUUCCCCAUUGUUAUGUUCAAUGCGGAUGCUUCUCAAUGGGAAUGUAAGACCAUGGAACAAUUGUUGCCCGACAGUUUUGGACCAGAUCAUCUCACGCACUCGUAA